AUGUCGAUGGUAGCCGACGCCGGCCGCUUUCUCCAGCGGAACCUCGCGCAUUUGCGGCCGCCUCCCCUCGCCGGCAAGAAGCACAACAAGAUCCCGACCUACUUCCGACCGAAGCCCAAGUUCGUCCAGCUCAAGGACCGCAUCCCGUUCUGGUACAUCGCCCCGGGAGACAAGGUUCAGGUCAUCAAGGGUGACAGGGAGCUGAAGAAUGUCACGGGCGUCGUUGACAAGGUGGACCGACUGACGAACCGAGUCAUGUUGAAGGGAACCGAGUUCGCACGCAAGAAGCGGCAACCGACCGAGUACAAGGGGCAAGCCCUCGACCCGAACUACAACCCUCCCGAAGGCGGCAUCUACUACAUCCCCCGCUCUUUCCACGUCUCCAACCUCCGCCUCGUCUACACGCACAAGAACGAGGAGUACCUGGCGACGCGGAUCAGGCAGACAAAGGUGACGUGGAACAGGAGGCUCCGGCGCUUCUCGUGGAGGCGGUACGUGUUGGUGCCUGCGCUGGCUACGAACCACGGCGCGGCGCAGUGGAGGCGGCUUGUCUGGCCCGUGGAGGACAAGCCCAAAUAUGGCGGCAACAAGAACCCGGCGGUUGUUUGCGAGCAGAAGGAGGCGAUGCGCAACAACUUCAUGCCCGACCUCUCGAAGCUCUCGCUCGUACCGCGCCCCGAAGAGAUCUCUCGCGACCCGUCCAAGUACCCCAAGCUGCCGACGGACGCCCCGCCCGAAGUCAAGGUCGGCAUCCUCGACGUUGGCGGCGCGUACUGGUCGAGGGCGAACCGGAUGAAGCGGUUCAGGCUUAGGAAGGAAGAGGAGAAGAAGUAUGGCAAGGAGAAGAUGAAGGAGGCGAUUGCGGAGCGCGCGGAGAAGAAGAAGCAGCUCCUCAAGCGGCUGCUCGCCUAG